GUUGCCUUGACAAUGUCAGUCCUAGCUGGUAGAAGAGACUAAAACUCCUCUGAGCAACUGAAGUUUCCUUAUUCAGUUGAAGAUUGCUAUGUGUAACUGAAGUUGUAGUUUGCUUCUCUUGUUAAUCUACUUUCCACUCCUCCCACCCUUGUUCUCUUAAGAACAUAGUACAGAUUGGUUAGAAAUAGUAGUAUCUUCCCCUCCCCAAGCGCUACCUGUUCCUUCUUGCUUUGGACUGUCUGCACCUCCUGAAGAUUUUACAGCCAUGCUGGACUGCAGUGACUGUGUUCUAGACUCAAGAAUGAACAAUCCGUCAGAAACCAAUAAAUCUCCUAUGGAGAGUGGAGAUGCCAGCUCAGGCACGCAAACCAAUGGCCUGGACUUUCAGAAACAGCCCGUGCCUGUUGGAGGAGCAAUCUCCACAGCCCAGGCCCAGGCUUUCCUUGGACAUCUUCACCAGGUCCAGCUAGCUGGGACAAGUUUACAGGCUGCUGCUCAAUCUUUAAAUGUACAGUCUAAAUCUAGUGAAGAGUCCGGAGAUUCACAGCAGUCAAGCCAGCCUUCCCAGCAGCCUUCAGUACAGUCGGCCAUUCCCCAGACUCAGCUAAUGCUGGCUGGAGGACAGAUAACUGGGCUCACAUUGACCCCAGCCCAGCAACAGUUACUACUACAGCAGGCGCAGGCUCAGGCCCAGCUCCUGGCCGCUGCAGUGCAGCAACACUCCGCCAGCCAACAGCAUAGUGCUGCUGGGGCCACCAUCUCAGCCUCCGCUGCCACACCUAUGACGCAGAUCCCCCUGUCUCAGCCCAUACAGAUUGCACAGGAUCUUCAACAAUUGCAACAGCUUCAGCAGCAAAAUCUCAACUUGCAACAGUUCGUGUUGGUGCACCCAACCACCAACUUGCAACCAGCACAGUUUAUCAUCUCACAGACCCCCCAGGGCCAGCAGGGUCUCCUGCAAGCGCAAAAUCUUUUAACGCAACUACCUCAGCAAAGCCAAGCCAACCUCCUACAGCCACAGCCAAGCAUCACCCUCACAUCCCAGCCUACCACCCCAACUCGCACAAUAGCAGCGACCCCAAUUCAGACACUUCCACAGAGCCAGACAACACCAAAGCGAAUUGAUACUCCCAGCUUGGAGGAGCCCAGUGACCUUGAGGAGCUUGAGCAAUUUGCCAAGACUUUCAAACAAAGACGAAUCAAACUUGGAUUCACUCAGGGUGAUGUUGGGCUCGCUAUGGGGAAAUUAUAUGGAAAUGACUUCAGCCAAACCACCAUCUCUCGCUUUGAAGCCUUGAACCUCAGCUUUAAGAACAUGUGCAAGUUAAAGCCCCUUUUAGAGAAGUGGCUAAAUGAUGCAGAGAACCUCUCAUCUGAUUCUACAGCAUCUAGCCCAAGUGCUUUGAAUUCUCCAGGGUUGGGGGCUGAGGGCUUAAAUCGUAGGAGGAAAAAACGCACCAGCAUAGAGACCAACAUCCGUGUGGCCUUAGAGAAGAGUUUCAUGGAGAAUCAAAAGCCUACCUCGGAAGAUAUCACCUUGAUUGCUGAACAGCUCAAUAUGGAAAAGGAGGUGAUUCGUGUUUGGUUUUGUAACCGCCGCCAGAAGGAAAAAAGAAUCAACCCGCCCAGUAGUGGUGGGACCAGCAGCUCACCUAUCAAAGCAAUUUUCCCCAGCCCAGCCUCACUGGUGGCAACCACUCCAAGCCUUGUGACAAGCAGUACAGCAACUACCCUCACAGUCAACCCUGUCCUCCCCUUAACCAGUGCUGCCGUGACUAAUCUCUCUCUCACAGGCACUACAGACUCCACGUCCAACAACACGGCCACCGUGAUUUCCACAGCACCACCUGCUCCCUCAGCAGUCACAUCCCCUUCCUUGAGUCCCUCUCCUGCCUCAGCCUCCACCUCUGAGGCCUCUAGUGCCAGUGAGACCAGCACAACACAGACCACCUCCACGCCUCUAACCUCCCCUCUCGGAGCCAGCCAGGUGAUGGUGACAGCGUCCGGCUUACAGACAGCAGCUGCCGCUGCUCUCCAAGGAGCUGCGCAGUUGCCAGCAAAUGCCAGUCUUGCUGCUAUGGCUGCUGCUGCUGGACUCAGCCCAGGCCUCAUGGCACCCUCACAGUUUGCUGCUGGAGGUGCCUUACUUAGUCUCAAUCCGGGGACUCUGGGUGGUGCUCUCAGCCCAGCCCUGAUGAGCAACAGUACACUGGCAACGAUUCAAGCUCUUGCUUCUAGUGGCUCUCUUCCAAUAACGUCUCUGGAUGCAACUGGGAACCUGGUAUUUGCCAAUGCAGGAGGAGCCCCAAACAUCGUGACUGCCCCUCUGUUCCUGAACCCUCAGAACCUCUCUCUGCUCACCAGCAACCCAGUAAGCUUGGUUUCUGCCGCUGCAGCCUCCACAGGGAACUCUGCACCUACAGCCAGCCUUCAUGCCUCCUCCACCUCAACUGAGUCCAUCCAGAACUCUCUGUUCACAGUCGCCUCUGCCAGUGGGGCUGCUUCCACCACCACAGCUGCCUCCAAGGCACAAUGAGCUGGGCGCAGAGCUGGGCUGCCACAGGCUUUCCUCAAUGCAGGGUGAUAGGCUGGUAUCAGCUGCUUAAGAAAAUGACAGCUGUCAUUGGCUUCCUCCCACCAUGUUGUGAGGAGGAGGAAGACAUGGAGAGAAGAAAAAAAAAUUACACAUACCAGAAAAAAAGAAGAAUGGAGACAGGACAGCAUUUGCCUAAUUUUAUAAUAAAGCAGUAUCUUUCCGGGAUUGCUUCAUGGAUUGGAGAACUUUCUAACCAAAUGUUUUAAAGAAAAAAAAAAAAAAAACAGAAACAGAAAAUCAAAAACAGACAGACAAAAAUAAGUGAAAGGACUACUUAGCAUUUCCAGCAGUCCUGAUGACAAGCUAAGGUGGGUCACCAGUUCCAGGAGAGGGAGGGCUUCUUUUUCUUUUUUGUUGUUUUGUUGUUGUUGUUGUUUUCUUUUUUUUUUUUCUUUUUUAUUUUAAAUCAUUUUUAUAGGUCUGUUGUACAGGCCAUUAAGUCAUAACAAGGUGUUUAUAAUCGUAUCAAUUGUGUUGGGGGUUCCUUUCUUAACUGGUACAAUUUAGGCAGGCCUGUAUUACUGUAUCUCUGAUAUUGUUUAUUUGUUUAUACAUAUAUAUAUAUAUAUUGAACAUGUUUAUCUCUUGCUCCUGGAUCCUGUUUCAGUGAGCUCCCACACUGUGGGGAGGGAGGGUUGGGAUAAAAGGAGACUUACGUUCUUAACUUUUGGGAAUGUUGUCGCUGGUUUCCUUAUCCUUGAUGACUCUUACAGAGGUGCUAGAAAAUGAUUUUCUUUUGCCACUUAUGCAAGAGGCUUGGUGCAGAAGCUGAAGGCAGUGUGUACAAGCACUCCUGCCUCAUGCACGCCCUCCCCAUCAGGCGGUGCCUUUGGAGCACUUGUGUGUAGGAAGGAAUUCCUGCUGAACCGUGGCUCUCUCACUCACCCGAAUCAUUGAGCAGCCUGAGGCCCAGACCCUGUGGUGCAACAGUGAGCUUCCUUCUACUUCCCAGGGAACAGCUGUGCCUGUUGCAGGGCAGGGUGUGGUUCCGAAGAGCAAAGACUACUGCAGACACCUGACUUGGUGGCUCUCUUGAUUUCUUAUCUCUUAAAAAAAAUGCUCCUACUGUUAGUGUGUGUUUGUUUGCUUGUUUGUUUUUUUCAUUUUAUGAAAAUUUUUCAUCUAAACUUCCUUUUAUUUACUUGGUCAGAAUCAAAUUGACAUACUGAAAUUGGGCAACAAUUCUCUCCCUUGUUUUCUAAAGCAAUUCUGUUGGACUGUUUUCUACUAAUUAGGUGUCCCAGAGUGGUCAAUAUGAAGAGCCUGAGUUUGCCACCGUUUCCUCUAGAGAGUCACAGACUUCCUGUCCACUGAGUGGGUCACAAGUUUCUCCAAGCCUGAGAUUUUCCUCAGUUCUCUGAUUGACAGAGGCCCUUUCCUGGCUGGGCAAGGGAUCUGUACAACUUCAGAAUUAUGCUGAACAGGAACUUCUCAGCCUCAAGUGUCUCUUGGUUUGUUAGGCCCCUGCUAGGUAGAUCUGAUGACGACAUGAAUCUCCUAUUUGAUGUAAAAAAGUGAUUUGCUCCUGUAAUUGCUUUCAGGGUGUUUCUAGACUACAUAAAUGAGCCCAUUGAAAAGGAAGAGCUUGUGAAAAUGGAUGAAGAUGGAUGAGGGUAAUUUAGAGACUAAAUUUCCCCAUUUGCCAAUGUCCUCUUAUUAUACUGUCUGUACGAGCGUUUUCACAAUGACUCUGGGUCCCUGCAGUGGAGCUCUAAGUUGCCCUUACUGGAGUCAAAGGUUCCCGUGUGGUGUCUGAGGGCACUUGCUUCAGUUCCUGGUGGUCUGCACUUUGAACUGGGAGUGACUCUUAUACUUUGCUUAUGCCACAGGAAACUCGGAUUCUGUGCAUUGGUUUCUCUGCAGAGAAAGAUCCAGAGAGGCAGUAGCAGACACAAAUGUGUUCCUUUGCUGUUUUUCAUUUGGGAGACAGUCAUAUUAAUAUUAAAGGUCGGAAACACUUGGUCCCUUUAAUUUUUUUUUUUUUUUUUUUUUUUAAGUUCCUUUUGGUUACUUCCCAGAGUAUUUAAUUUCGCCCCUGAAUAAUUUCUUUUACCCUUAAUUUUUCCUAAAAUCCCUCCAAAAAUCAGUGAACUGCAAGCAGGGAAACUCAUUGAUGCUCAUCCACCUAUUUUGUAUGGUGUGGGUGUUUUGUUUGUUUUGUUUUGUUUUGUUUUUUUAAACUAAGCUUGAACCAAAGUCAAUUUUUAGCGAGCUGCUGUACUGAUGGACUAGAUAUAAUGUGCAGUUCAAACACAUUGAGGAGAUAGAUGCUACUGACAAUUCUUACUCAUUUUUCUUGAUUAAUUUUAUGUGAAAGUUGCUGCUUGUUUUUAAUCUUUUAUGUUGGUAAAUUGUAAUACCCUCUGGGCAGACAUUACCUUGAUUUUAGCUAGUUUGUUUAAGUCAGUGUGUAAAUAGGAUGGCGUGUCAGUUACUACUUCUCCCCUCCCCACCAGCCUUUUCUCUCUUGGUAAUUUAAUGUUUUGUCUUGACUUAACACUCUAACCUUGGUCUGUGCAUGUGGUUUUAGGCCUGUCAAUACUGUUUCUGCCCCUAGCAGAGUGUCCCUCCCUUGGGAGUGAAGAGGUUAGGAGGAAAAAUUCAGGGAGAGAAAUGCUGAUUACCUACCAGACAGAUUAGAAGUUAUAGCGUUAAUUUCCAGAAUUGCUACCACAGGAAGUGGAGAGUCCCAGGGCUCUGGCCCAGGGAUGAAGGAGGACAGAGCAGGACCGUUCCAUCCUACGUGCUUAAAAGGAUCUUUUUCCCAAAUAAGAGUCCGCUACAGACUUUGAUUUUAAAAAUGAUACUAAGUUUUAGGUUUUCGUCAGUCCUCCUGUGUAGUCUCUAUAGGGUUGAGAAAGGAUUGCUGCCUUUUAUGUAGUUCAGUUUUGAGGAUAGACUUUAAAACCAGCAUAAAUACUGUAUUGAGAAGAAAAGGAUCUUUAGAUAAAGAUAACUUUAAUUUUUUCCUCCCCUUUUUCAUGUGUUUAAAAUUAAAUUGUAAAAUGAAAGGUACUUUAUACAUAUGUAGACAUGAAACACUACUAAAGCUUUCUGGUGGGUGUUCAGGCUAAAAUACCUUCCGCCACGAUCUCUAAAUGUUCUGUUCACCCUACUAUACACAAACCCUUUGCUAGUUUUUACUUGAUAACAUCUUUUUUUUUUUUUAAUCUCAAAUGCUUUUUGAACUGACAACUGUCUUCUAAGGUAAAGUACUCAGACUUAAAACAUUCAGCUGCCUUGUAUGAGAGAGUACAGAAACUAAAGGGCUCACUGGACUACAAGACACUUAUAGUUGAGUUUCUGCAUUUCUUGAAUAAACAGCAGAUAGGUUGUUACAACCUGUUAUUUCAUUCUUGUUUUCUACCCCUUGAUAUUUAUGUUUGCUUUAUUUCAUCCCUAAAUUUAGUUAACAGAUAGUAAGCCAAAGACUAACUUUAAAUACGUUUUUGAGGAUUCUAUAUUUGCCUGUGAUAAUGGCCCUCCCUGGAGAGUAGUGAAUGUAAUUGUUUAAUCCUGUUUAAGCAAUGCAGUUUGGCAUAAACUUUAUUUAUUUCCUGUGUAAAUUUAAAUGACAACAGAAAAAUCUAUAAGGCUUCUCACGAGCAGUCUUUCUGUCCUAGGAAUAGUGACGUGCUCUGUUUCCUUGAAUGUCUCUGAAGCCCUAUAGGCAGCUCCGUAAAAUGAGGAAACAUGAUUCCUAGCCAUUUACUUCCUUUUAUCUGUUGUCAGAAAAGUCAGCACCAUCCUGUUUAUGGAACUUGUUACUCCAAAAUGGAACCAAAGGAAUCCGGCUUUUAUCUUGUGUAGGACCAGCCUAUUUAUAUUUCAUAAGCUUUAUUAGAAAAUUUUUAAAGGGAUAACAAUUAAAAGGUUUUAGGUGUGAUCAUCUUGCCAAUAUGUUCUAUAUCAUCAUUCAUUUGUUUUAGGGAAAAAGCACAAUUAUACCUCUCUAAUAUUAUUGUGUCUAUUAUCUAUUCUUCAAUUAUUAGAAAGAUACGGAAAAUAAUCUCUUCACUAUCCAGAAGCACAGGUUUUUGCUUGACAAUAUUUCAGUUCAGCUCAGUCAUUAACAUUUAACUUGCUGGAAAUGCCAGGUACAUUUGUAAAUAUAGGGAUAUUAUGUAAGGAAAAGUUCUUCUUACGCCAUGUCAUCCUCACAAAUCUUUCUUGACCAAGAGAAUAAGGUCGUUGACCUAGGAAGGCAAAGAGACAUCUAUUUUCUGUUCUUCCCAAGAGGGGAGAAAUACUGCCCUAGUGUGCGGAAGACACUCUCCACUGGUGGCCUGGGCUGACCUGGCCCUGCGAAAUGCAGACCAGUCUAUAACCUGAGGACCUGUAAGACAGAAGGAAGAGCUUCAGCAGCUUGGCAAGAGAGCUUGAACAGAGACCUUAAACUGACCUCUGAAGCUGAUGGACAUAAAGUGUAGUUAUUCCUCAGACUCUAUUAGAACUGUAAACAUUUAAGACUUCAGUUCUAAUGCAAGGAAAAUACUUAAAAGACCUGAAACCCAUAAUUAUACAAGCGGGCAGAAAUUGAUGUAAUAAUUUAUUUGUAACUGUCCCGAGUUCUCUUUCAUUUGUGGGUAUGAACAGUAUUUACCAUGUCAUAUUGUUCAUAUAAAAAGAUCCAUGACUAUUUUGAAAUCAUUUUCAGAUUCUUGUAAAAACAAGACUUUCCUAAUAUUUUUGAUUUUGAGGAAGAAAAGUAAUUCUUCCUUGCCAUUCCUCUGAGAAUAAGACACUGUUCCACAGGUUUGUACACACAAGCAUAAGGCAGACAUAAGUCCCUUGAUUAUGAAAGGUUGGUGGAAUGCUCUUAGCCACCUCCUCCUUCUCUUCAUCUGUGGAGAGUAAGUGUAAAGUUUUCCCAGGGUGGGCAGGGGCCUCUUGUCAGCAGUCGACCAGUCCGUACUCAUGUCUGAUAGCAUUUGUGAACUAGGGUUUCUUCCCGCCAUCAUUCUAUUCAUGAACCAGUAAGCCAGUUCCUUAGUUUGACUCUUCUGCUUUUGGCCUCUGCUGGAAGCAGUAAGCUUGAGUAUAUCACGUGUCGGUUCAGUGAUCUGGAUCUCUGCUUCUUCCUUUCCCUUUUUCCUUUGAAUGGUGAUACCUUAAUCUGUGAGAAUAAUGCUCGUGGGUAACAGCUUCUGGCACCUUCAUAAAAUACCUCAGCGUAGCAUAGCGUUGUUACAGAACUGCUUUUAGACUGAAAAACCAAAUAAGUAUAAGAAAAAUCUUUAUAAAUAGUGGAAAUAAUUCUAGCUGUAGUAUUUAGUUGAACUAAUGUUCAUUAUGAUUGAUAAACAUGAUUGAUGCUGUAUGUAUUUGGGAUCCUGUUUAUAGAGUUAGGAGGGUUGGGUUGGGAGAAAGGAGAAAUUGAUUAUGUUAGGAGGAAAAUGUUGCUUGUGUGUAUUUGUUUUUCUUUAUAUCUGUCUUGCCAAAGGAAACUUGGUAUUCCCUAUGAGUGGGUUGGGGGUUUGAGGCCUCUCUGUGAUCUAUGUGCAGCGCAGUAUGCAGAACCAUGCAGGUGGUAUAUGGGGUAUCCAGCAGGUUCAGGAUGCCCAGGGGCAGGUUUCAACCCUUCCUGUCUGUGGCUAUCAUGUUCUUGCCCCAAGACCUGCCAGGCUCUCCUGAUGAUCCAUUACCUCUGUACAUAGCUAAAACUUUGGCAAAGGAAGAGUAUGCACAUGUCUAGGUGUGCAGGUGAAAAGAGGCAGAUAUGGACGUGUACCCGAGGAAUGGAGAGGUGAGUGAUAUAUGUUGAUGUAGGAAAAUUAACGUGAAAUGAGUCAUCUUUUGUCAUGUUAGUGAUUGCUGUGCUAGUCAUAGCCCAACAUUUGUAAAACUAUUUCCUUUUCUUAUACCAAGGAUAAUUUUAUCUAGACCAAAACACAAACAAAAGAAAACCAAGCCAAGAAGUUGAAAGCUAACACAAGUCACAAGCUAACCCCACCCUAUACUAAGGUAUAAGGUGGGGCAUUUAAGGACUGGGUGAUGAGAUGGAAGAAGAGUUGUCCUUUCUAACAGGAAAUGUGAAUGAGAAAUUUUGUUGGUUUAGGAAAAACUUAAAAAACUUUUCUGCCCUUGUUCUGGGACAGACUUUCUUGGCUCCCUGAGUUCUGAUGUAAACUAUAUCUCAAGAACUAAUUUGUUUAGCAUGUCCCAUCUCACAAAACUUGAGUGGGAUUUGACUUUGAUACCAAAGACACUGCUAUACCAUUGCUUCUCCUUAAGCUUUCCAGAUACUCACAGACCACAGAGCAGAUGCUGAGGUUGGAAAGCUUCGUCUCUGUUCUUCCCAUUGGCCUCACCCCUUCCUCACUUUUGGAAGAUAUCUUUUUGGUUACUCUGGCUUUGGGAAGAGAUCGAUUUUGUUCCUCCCAGCUGCUCUGUUAAGAUUGGUAGAAAUGCUCGGCAUAGCAUUGAUACUCUUGCUGAGAAAGAAACUUGGGAGUGCAAAAAAAUAGUAGUAGAACUUUUAUUUAACCUUUAUCUAGUUCAUACAAAUAAAACUAGCCCAUCCAAGCUGUUAAAGUAACAGUCAGGGUUUAGUUAUGAAGAGCAGACUACAGCCGAAUGAUGUUUUCUUCCUCCCCUGUGGAGCUGUUUUGCUCCACAGUAUUUUAGGAUAUGGCUGCUGGGAGGUUAAGUUCAUUGUGUAGGCACACAAUGAUAAACACAGACAGGGAGAGAGGGAAGACCAACAACCGUGAUCAGGUUGCUAAACUUCAUGAAAGCUUUACUCAUUAUCAUUCUGACUUUAUGUAAAGUAGUUUUAGUGCUGUGUGGUUCUUUUUCAAAGCGUUAGGUAGGUUUGUAUGGUAUAGGGAUAUUAAAGAUAAGAGCACUGAAACAAAUGCUGUGGGAAACAGUGUGUGCAUCAUGAACACCAUUUCAGCUAUGAAAGUGACGCUCCCAGGUUCAGGGAGGGAAACAGUUUACGAUCCUUCUGCAUCCCUGAGUCUGCCUACACUGCACAGGCUCUACCACCCUUGCCACGUUCUGGUUCAAAUCCAGAACACUGUCAGAAAGUUAAGAAAGCAAAACUAAUGUACUGGAGGAGGGAAGCGCUGAGGUCUGCUGCAGUUUCCCAUGUUCUCUUUAUUGCUCAUCACUGCAACAGCCACAACCUCACAAAAGCAACUUGAAGCUUCUUUCCUAAAUGGGCAGUGCUAUUGAUCUCUAUCACUACAUCCCAAGGUCUGCAGGCAGCUGGUGACAGUGCAGUUCCAACAGGGCAGCAUCUGCAUGGGAGCGCCUUAUGUGAUCUUGUUAGAGAAAAGUGGACAGAGCCCCAGAGAGUGUCUCAGGGUUCUAAGAAUUACAGGAGGAAACAAAAUGCAUGUUCCCACACUGGUGUGACAGUGUCUCUAAGGAGCACUGUGAUAGGCUGGCUAGGGGAGAUGUGUCUUGGGUUCCAUUCCCACACGAGUCUGCAGAAGGCACAUGUCUUAUAAGAGUGACAUGAACUAAGUGCUAGCCUGGUUAGGUUUAAAGUCGCAGACAGAGUGGAAGUCGGGGUAGUGUGUUCGACAAGACUCUGACCAUAUUACAGCAUUGACUUUCUACAAUAUAAAUGGCAAAUGGUGAGAGGAAGACUUCCUCCCACUCCUUACCUCUGCCUCCAUGGGCUCACAGAGGGAAGAGUCCUGUCCCUAGGGUGGCCCUCAGCCGUCGCUCUCCUCUGUGCUAGUGAAGGCUAGGUGAGUAAGAGUGGGCUUUUCAACCCACCACCUGCCCAGGAGCUGUUGUAUACCUCAUUUCUAACUCUAAGUAGCUUGCUUUAACUUCCUCUCAACCCUACAGAGUUGCCAAGUCUGCCCUCCGUCUUCUCAGCAAGGUUAAACUCUGGCCUAUAGCAUCAUAAGACCUGUGGCCUGGGGUGGGACUGCCCCUCCCCCACCCCGCCCCAAAGCCUCCAAAUGUCUCUACUUCUAAGCUACUACAAACUGAGGGCAAAUUGCAAUCUCCUGUUUGUUUUUGUUGCUAGGGAUCUUCACAUGUCUCUUACCAUGUUUCCCCCACCACCUUGCCUUCAAGGACUGCCAGCUCUCCUCUCCCCAUCUGCCCCGUAUUUCUAACUGCUGGAUAUAUAUAUAUAUAUAUAUAUAUAUACACACACACACACACACAUCAGCUUCUGCCCUUGCUUUUUCCAAGUGGAGUCAAGGCUGACCUUUCCCCUCUGAAGCCUUGGGGUUCUGCUCAUUGCCAGGACUUGGUAGAAAGGACACAAAGGUUCGUUUAAGCUGACCUAAGCUACACUUUUCACUUGUUUCCUGUGUGACAUGACCAAAAAAAAUUCCAAAUAUUUAAGUUUAUUAUUAAUAUAAUAAUAAUUAUUAUUUGACAAUCUUAUAUCCGACGGGCUUUCUGGAAGCUGCUUCUCCAGCCCUUUCAACGUUUUCUUUGAAUGUAGUUCUUAACUUGCAAUUCCCACCCCCAAAGUUGGGGGGAAAAAUGCUUAGCCAGGUCAGGUCAUAAUUCUGCUGCUAUAAGCCAGGGGAGGGUGGUUUCUUUGUUUUGUUUUGUUUUGUUUUUCCAUUUCCAGCCAAAACCAAAGAUUUCUUAAUGAUUGUAUAAACUCAAAACAAACAAAAAAACCAAAGAAAAGGGAAGUCUUCGGCCUCAAUCCAGUCUGUGGCGUCCUGGCACUUGGAGGCAUGCCAAAGGGUAGGUGGGGACACCUGGCCAGCUCAGAAGGGCGAGCAAGUCUUUUCUAAGUUGAGGGAUUCAUUCAGAUGCAUGCUCAGGAGUUUUGGCCCUUGCUCGCUUGUGAGCAUAGCAUGCAUGAAAAAAAAUUGGAACAUCAGAAUUUUCAAAACAAAAGCCAAAGUCCCAUCAGCACCAUAACUCAUGUAACAGCGGCCAGGGUCACCACUAGAGCUUAGCACAGGGCCUUAGAGCUGGGAGCUGCUACAGGGUGGCCAGGGACUCCACAGAGUGGGGACGCUGAAGACGCUGGCACAGGAUUGGCUACUCUGCUGGGUGCUUUCACCUUUGGGGCGGAGUCUCAACCCAAGGGCCCUUCUGAGUUCUGAGCCUUCUAUCUCUUUCUGUUACUGCAACUGCUUCGAAGUGGCUGUCCUGUCUGUGAGGAAACAUGCAGAACAAUUGUCAAACUUUUCCUUAUCUUGUUUCUAGUUUUGUUUCCUUUUGCAGCACCACUGUGCAACUAUGCAUUGUAUUUCAUAACCUUUGUGCUAGGUAGAUGCCUGUGACUUUUUAACUUGGGGGCGGGUGGGUCGGGGGUUGCAAAUGAAGGAAAUUUUUACAUGGAUCUUUUUAAUCUCAGUUGAUUGGGGGAGGGGGGUUUUUGGUUCUAGGGUCAUACAAGCUCUAUCCCAAAGCAAAAUCCAAAUGUUAAUAAUACUAGCCUGAUGCAGAUACCAAAGACAAUUUCCUGCAGAACCUUAGACUUGUGUAUUAAGUACGAUUACCCAGCACUUGCAUUAGUCUGACCUCAGUAAUUCCAAAGCUUAGAUGUAUAUUUUGGUAUAUUUCCAGGAUAUUAAAAAAAAUGUCGUUUAACUUCUUGUUUGUUUCAGUGUAAUGCUCUUAAAGUCAUCGCAUGAAAUAACUGCGCUGUCCUAUUCUUGGUAGUUUGAAAUAAUAGUAUUUUUGUAUGUUUUGGGUGUGUCUAUGUAUUAACAUAACAGUUUUCACUGCCUAGGUGUUCAUAAUAAAAAUGAAAGGUCCUGAGUGUACAUACUGUUCAGUAACAAUCUCCACCAGUGUCCACGCGUGUGGAGUCACUGACAAUUGCCCAGCUGGGGUCUGGUUUUAAAGAGACGGUGAUUGUGUUUUUCUAAAGAUGUUUGCUUCUGUCUUUAAGUAUCUUAACUUCCCCACUUGUUUUUUCCUACUUUUUUUUAUUAAUAUUGAUUCAGGGGUGUUUUUCCACUGUUGUCAAGGGAGGAACACAAGGGAACUGGCACCUUGGCCUCCCAAAAUAUGUUAUUUUAUGUAUUUUAAAAUGUGAGUUUUGAGUUCUUCUUUGUGGAAACUUACAAUAUGAUGUACGUGAUUCUUUCCAGAAUUGCCCAGCCGCUUUAAUGAGGCAGCGGCAAUUCCUGGGUAGUUUAUUGGGUGUCCUCUUACAUUUCUCCUUAGGAUGACUUUGCAGUCUGGGUGGCUAUUGUAUAGCCUCACUGCCCCAGAGCAUCUAUCUGUAGCCAUUUCUCCUUCAAUGGGAAUAUUUUAUUAUAAGAUUCAGCUGAUAACUCGAGCACCGGCCCUAGUUAUCUGUGCCCCUGGGAAAUGUGUUUUUCUUGGUUUGGAAAAUCUGAAACCCAAACACUUCUACUUCCUGGGAUUAGCUGAUAGCUGAUAGCUCCUGAGGCCUGGGGAAGUGGAGACUGUGAGCGAGAGGUGCUGUCUCUUUAAAAGUGCCCUUUAUGUGAUUCCCCUCCGGGGACUGCCAGAGGGGCUAGGGCUUGGGAGAGAUUGUGUGGGUGCCAGUCAAUCAGAAUGAAAUGGUGGGUUUUAUGUAGAUGCAUUUGUCUGCUGUAAUUUUUUAUAUAUAUUAAACUUACUGUAACUGUACAGUUCCAAUUUCUGUUGUACAACAUUAAACCAUUUUCCAAGUGUUUUCA